UCUAAAAAUGGAAAUCUUAUCCAGAGCAUGAGGAACAUUUUAUUUAUGUUUCUGGUCUGAACCCAACAACCUUAUCUUUUCUCCAUCUCAAAAAAGACUCAAGUUUUGAUCAAAAAUUUCAUUGCCCAUUUUUAUUCAUGAAAAACCUUUGAUAUUAUUAGUAGUUGUCAUUUUUCAUCUCUUAAUAUGUCAGCUAUUAUCUGUUGCAACUGUUACUCUUCUUUAGCUGCCCCUAAAUGGACCAAUCCAAGAAUACCCACCAAAGGUUCAAGCUUUCUAAGGACUCAGAAGAGUAGCUCUUGGUGGAAUAGGCAGUUACUGCCCAAAUGUAGUUCCCAGAAGCAUGUUCACUGUCAGCUUCAAGAUGGGCAGAAAGGGAGGUCAUUUUCCCUGAAGGAAUGUGCAAUCUCCAUUGUUUUGGCGGCUGGGUUGAUAACUGGAAUGCCAUCACUGGAUUGGUCCCCUAAUGCUUAUGCAGCCGGUCCUGCAUUGCCUGAUUUGUCUGUUUUAAUCUCUGGGCCUCCAAUAAAAGACCCUGGAGCAUUGUUGAGAUAUGCACUGCCAAUUAACAAUAAAGCUAUAAGAGAAGUACAAAAACCUCUUGAAGAUAUAUCGGAGAGUCUAAAGAUUGCUGGUGUCAAGGCACUAGAUUCUGUUGAGAGAAAUGUGAAGCAAGCAUCUCGAUUCCUCAAGCAAGGGAAAACUUUAAUUAUCUCAGGAUUAGCUGAAGCAAAGAAGGACCAUGGAGUGGAAUUGCUUGACAAGCUGGAAGUUGGAAUGAAGGAACUACAACAGAUUGUGGAGGAUAGGAAUAGAGAUGCAGUGGCACCUAAACAGAAGGAGCUGCUUCAAUACGUUGGAGAUGUUGAAGAGGAUAUGGUGGAUGGCUUCCCAUAUGAAGUACCUGAAGAAUAUCGAAGUAUGCCUCUUUUGAAGGGGAGAGCAACUGUGGAUAUGAAGGUCAAAGUCAAGGACAAUCCUAAUCUAGAGCAGUGUGUGUUCCAUAUAGUUCUGGAUGGGUAUAAUGCCCCAGUAACUGCUGGGAAUUUUAUUGACCUGGUGCAAAGGCACUUCUAUGAUGGCAUGGAAAUUCAGAGAGCGGAUGGGUUUGUUGUUCAAACUGGAGAUCCUGAAGGUCCUGCAGAGGGCUUUAUUGAUCCUAGUACUGAGAAAACCCGGACAAUACCAUUAGAAAUCAUGGUUGAUGGGGAGAAAGCACCUGUCUAUGGAGCAACACUGGAGGAGCUCGGUCUAUACAAGGCUCAAACAAAGCUUCCCUUCAAUGCUUUUGGAACCAUGGCAAUGGCAAGAGAUGAGUUUGAGAAUAAUUCUGCCUCAAGCCAGGUAUUCUGGCUAUUGAAAGAAAGUGAACUAACACCUAGUAAUGCCAAUAUAUUGGAUGGUCGGUACGCCGUGUUCGGUUAUGUGACUGAGAAUCAGGAUUUUUUGGCAGACCUAAAGGUUGGUGAUGUUAUAGAGUCAAUUCAAGUGGUUUCUGGCCUGGAUAAUCUAAUCAAUCCAAGUUAUAAGAUAGCUGGUUAGAACCCUUUUGUUUUUUUGUGUGUUUUUAGAAUUGCAUAUAGGACAAGUUGUUUCAUGUGAUUCAGUUCAUUCUGUAAUCCUUCAAUCUGUCAGAAUUAUUGUAUUAUUUCAACUGAGAAUCUAUUCUUUU